GGGGAUCCUUUAUCCCCCUACCUUUUUCUUAUUGUAACUGAAUUGCUUACUGCCUUGGUUCAACAUUCUAUAUCUUCUGGGAUGCUCAAAGGUUUGAAACUGUCCAUAAAUGGGCCUGUGCUAUCUCACAUCCUUUUUGCUGAUGACUCCCUGUUCUUCCUUAAAGCUGGUACUGAUCAAGCAGGUUUUCUGAUGAGCAUUCUUGAGAAAUACAAAUUAUUCACUGGCCAGACGGUUAACCUUCAGAAAUCUGCUGUCUUCUUCAGCAGAAACACAUCUGACCACCUGAAGAGAUCAAUCUGCAAUGCUCUGAACAACAUUGUCUCUCACAGAUCAACCAAAUACUUGGGCUUGCCUUUGGGAAUUGGUAGAUCUAAAAAACAAGUUUUUGAUUAUGUGUUGAACUCUGUCAAGUCUAAGAUCACUUCUUGGAAAUCUCAGAUGCUUAGCUCCUCUGGGAAGGAAGUUCUUAUCAAGUCCAUCAUUCAAGCCCUUCCU